UAAGCGUCUAACUUGGAAAGCGCGACGUCAACUUUUCAGCGUCUUUCAGUUUCCUCUCAAGAACUUCUAGUACAAGUUUCUCUACCACGGUUUCUUCGCCCAUUGAAAUCGCGACAUCAAUCCGAAACUCCACCAAAUUCCGCCAGUUUUUUCUCCCUUGAGUCUCGAGGUAGGCCAUCGGCGGCGGCGGAGAUGGAGAAUAAGGCUCUGGUUGUGUACACUGUGGUCGUUUUUUUGGGGCUUUUGGUGAUCGCCACUGGCUUCGCCGCUGAGGGCACCAAAGUUAAGCUUAAUCAUGUUAUUGUAGUCAAUCGUACUACGUGCAAAUAUCCCAAAAGUCCAGCGGUGGGCCUUGGUUUGGUUGCAGCUCUAUCACUCUUGCUUGCUCAUAUAACGUUAAAUUUUGCAACCGGGUGCUUUUGCUGCUUUGCGGCCCCUCGCUCUUCUAUUUCUAAAUGGCGAAUAGCCCUGAUCUGCUACGUCAUUUCCUGGAUUACAUUUGCGAAAGCGUUCAUUAUGUUGCUCACCGGUGCUGCACUGAACGACCAACGGGGCGAACAAAGCUACUUUUUAGGCUAUUGCUAUGUCCUGAGAUCAGGAUUUUUUAUUAUGGCUACCAUUGUGGCCACGGUGAGCAUAGUGCUGGGAUUGGCCUAUUACAUUCUAUUGAACUCAACAGAGACUGAGCCUUCUGUGUUUGGUAAUCCCUGCAUUCCUCCUCAAGCAAACAUUGCAAUGGGGCAGCCCCAAUUCCCUCCCCCUCCACACAGAUCUGCUGACCCCGUAUUCGUCCCCGAAGACACGUACAUGAGACGACAAUUCACGUGA